AGGUUGGUCGGGACAAUUUGGUCAAUAAGUUGUUGUUUUCUUCAAAUUCUUUUGUGCCUUUGUUCGGUCCAUUCGACGUUUUUUAUUCGCAUAACAUAGUUUGCACGCGCGUCUAAUGCUUCUUCCAGAAUCAUUUUUCCGAACGGCGACAUUAUGCUGACUCUGUCGAAGACAAGGAUUUUUUGCAUUUUCAGACAACCCUAAUAAUUUUGCAACUAAUAAUUGUCCAAAUAUUCUAAUAUUUAUAUUCUUCCUUGUUGCAAUUCUGUAAACCAUCAAAGCGUCUACAACAGAAAUUCCCAGAAGGAGUUGAAUGCCAAGUUUUCUGUACCAUUUGAUUCCUUUUCUAAUUGUGAUGGCAUAAGAAACCAUUUGGUCGGAAUAAUCUAUACCACACUUUCCUUCAUUAUAUUCAACAACAGCUAGUGGUUUUAAUGUUGCGAACAAACGAAACGAGAGAUCAUUCUUGAGACCACCGCUUGAGCGACUCGCAUUACUCAAAUAUCGAUGGGAGCACCUAGCAGAGAACGCUUGGUACUGCUGCACGCGUGGCCUGACGGAGAUUUCUUUGAAAACACGCGUGGCAGUCAACGUGAUAAAGCGUUUUUUUUUAUUAAGUUCUAUACAUAUUUCAUUUUCAUAGUAUCACAUUUUCAAGUCAUGUGAAACUACUACUAGAUAUUAGUACUGAAAUUUAAUAUAUUUGGUCUUAACUAGUAUAAAUGCUAUAAUAAAUACAAUGGUGUGUAUUUUUUGCAACGAUUAUAUUUACCAUUGACUCCAUUUUACUGGCUGGGCACGUUACAAGUGCGUGCGGGAAUAAUAAUUUACGACGUAAUUUGAACUUUCAUACCUGAACGAGUUUCGUCACUAUCUUUAUAAAUAUGUCUAUGGAUCUCCGAAGCUAUAAUUUCGUGUCCGUUACCGUCUGACCAUUAUUUCGACCCUUUCCAGUGUGUAAUUUCUUCGCUACAUUUCUAAUUAACUUCUGUCGAUUUAUGACAAAUUUAUAAUUUUAUUUUAAGACUGUCAUUAUGAUGAAAUUAAUAUUUCACUAAAAUUGUCGUUAUAAAGAGUUAUAAAGAGUUACAAGGAAAAAUUUUGUUGGUAUAAGUAUCCUUGACGAAUUUUUAAUAAGUAGAACAGAUAAGUAUGUCAGAACUAAUUCCACGAUUAUUAUAUAGAUAGGUGCAUAGUUGUACAUAACCACUUCCGUUUGAUAAAAAUGUUUGAAAAAAACAUGUACCAACUGUGCAUGUACCGAAAGUCGACGCUCGUUCGCAGUGUGGAUGUCCUCAUCUCCGACGUACAUGGCGAAUUUACUCUUUUCCUAUCCAGCUUUCACCUGCACCAAGUACUCUUAUAUUAUAUAAGUUUGAUUAUUACUUUUUCUCACGAAAUCGAUAUAUUGUUCUUUAUUUUCUUUAUAAUAAUUUUUGUUCAAUACUUAUUGAAGGCUAUUUGCUAUAGCUUGCGAUUCUUUAUUCAAGAAGAGAUCGACUGAUUAUAAUGGUUUUAUAUCCGUUAAAUAGACUGCGUCUAGAAUAAUUUAUAGAAUAUUAAAAAAUAUUCAUACACGAUAAAUAUGCUACUAGAAAUCAAGGUAAAUAUGUAUUUGCCAAAAAUACAUUGAACAAGUGAUACAGCUAUGUAUCAUUGUACAUAUCUCUUCUCUUGUUAAAUUUUUACAUCCUUGAUGUAGUGAAUAUCUUGAUAAAAAAUAUUUGAUACAUAAUAAUAGAUAUAUUCUCGCCUGUUAAAUGUUUACAUCCUUGGUAUAACAAAUAUUUUAUUAAAAAAUUAACAUUUAUCAAUUAAAUAUUUAACAUAUAAUAAACAUUCUUCUUUUUUUUUUAAUUACGAACUUCUAUGUUCUUUACAUACAUACAUUUAUUUAUCAAUAGUGAUCGAUUAUAUCGAUACACCUAAAUCAUGAAAUCCUGGAUCGAUAUCGUCUACGAAACGUUUUUCCCAUAAUUUCCCACAACCUUGUCCAUAUAAAUACAGCUAAUGGACGUCACUGUCAAUUGUCAAUCUUCACUUUUUGUAUAUUAAAUACAAAUGAAAUACUGCAGUCACCGUGUCAUCGAUAAAAUCAAGAUUUAUUUAAUUUUCGUACUAAUCAAUUGUGUACACGUUACAAAUAACGCGGGAGUCACUUGCAUAGUGGCUUAUCGAAACAAUUACAACACGUUCCCCUUGUACAAAUUGUUGUCUCGAAAAAAAUGUGAAACAUAGACUCCAAAAUCUUCGUUGCGAAAUGUCUGAAAGUUUAUCGAUUAUACUUACGAGGAAGAUCACUCACAUAAUCGUUUUUAAAUAAUAUAUAUAUGCAUAGAAAUAGAUUGCAUGAAAUAAAUAUUGAAUAAAACAAUAGCAGAGGCAUGAUAUGCUUCUGUCAUUAGUAAUGACAACGAUAUUUCGCCUUGUAGUUCAGUACUCGUAUUUAUUAUUAAAGUUAGUCAGUAUUAUCUCUAAUUUCUAUAUUUUCUUUUCGCUUCACACAAAAGAAAACUUAAUCGUAAUUGAUGACUCAUUCUCUAUUAGAGUUAAAAUGCAAUCAAUUAAAGGAGUUGCAAUCGGCCAAACAAUGCAAUUGGAAAUGGAAAAGAAAUUUCUUGUUAAUUACACCUAAAUACCUAGUUGAAUGAACUUACUAGAACUCCUCUAUUUAUAGCAUUUAAUGAAAUGUUUUCCUAAUUAUAAAAUCUCCUGAAUAUAGAUUAAUCAGUCACACAACAAUCAACAUGGAAACAAUAACAGAAAUCCUUCGUGAUUAUUGCUACCUAUUUUUUUUUUUUGUCGUUCGAAUAAGUCUUCGAUGAUAAGCUCGUGAUAGAACAGCUAACAUAAUUACGAUACCUCGAUUGAUAAACCCAUUGAACAUAUACAACCAUUGUCCUUAAACAUUUCUCUUCUGACAAGCGUCACAUGUGGUUUCAUUAAAACCGCGUCGAGCUUCACGUCGAGUUUAAUAUACAACACGAUAAUAGUUAUCGUUAUUCUUGCACUGGCUUCACUCCCAACGAUACCUCCGAUAAAUCAGAACUUUUUCAAAGCUAUCAGCAACUUUUUGAUCACCUUUCCGGAUAUCUAUCGGAUUUAAGAAAUAAACGUUAUUUGUGUAUCGACGUGUUAUCUCGGACCAAAGAUUGAAAAUAACAAAGGCAUUGCGUGUUUGAGCGAAGAAAGAAGAGAAAGGUGGAAUUAAUGUAAAAGAGAAGGUAUGGAUAAAAAAGAGAAAGGAAAUAAAUUGGAGGUGGUGGAAGAAGUGGUAGUGAAAGAUGUUAUCUCCGUCGACACGACGGAUAAAAAAUCUCAAGCAUACAAACAAUCAAAUACAUAUGCUGCGAAAAAGACUGUAGCACAAGGUAUGAUGGAUGUUGCCCUAAUCACCGCCAAUGCAAAUCAGUUAAGAUAUCUGAUUGAAUAUCAACGAGAGAGCUCCACAUUUUUUCUGAUUCUGGGUUUAAUCAUUAUCAGUCUCCUUCUUCAGGUGGCCGUAGGCGUCAGUUUGAUUUUCAAAGGUCGAUUUGACAUAAAAGGACAAUCGAAAUCGCGACAGGCACGAAAAAUUAAUAAUUACGUGGUAAUUGGAGUUUUUCUAAUAACUAUCAUCAACGUAUUUAUUGCCGCGUUUAGUAUAUCUGUUCCUGUUCCUACCACAUUACCUCAUUUAAGAGAUGAUAAUUAACAGUGAUACAUGUAAAGAAGUAUUUUAUAUUGAUCUUUGCGAAAACAGAUAGCUCUCUCUUAUUCUUUUAUCUUUGUAUAAUUGAUAACUGAUAAUAAGAUAUCUGAAAUUGAUGUAUCAAAUGUAUUAAUUUAUAAUAUUAUUGUUAGAGAUAAAUUUCUUCUAUAUUCGAAUGUUCUAUCCUCUAUUAAAAUAUACUUUCUGUUUCUAUUUAAAUAUAUUAUGUAAUCAUGUUAUAAAUAAGUAAUUGAUAAAUAAAUAAUUUGAUAUUUUUCUAAAAAGAAAGAAUCAGAUGUCUCUUACUUUGUGAUGCAUGAUUGUCUAUUUCCGUAGGUAAGAGCUAUGGAUUGCGUUAACGUUUACGUUAAAAGUAUCUAGUUAACAAGUGAUGCAACGUGCAAAUUUUCAGGAAAUUACUUUAUCUAACAGUCUUUUGCUUCAACAUCUUUCGUAAACGACUAAGUUAUUAACGAAUAAGUUACAACAUUCUUCGUCUAUUCCUUUCUCUUUCGUGUCUAUUGAUAUAUUUAUAUUUUAAACAUUCAUCGAUAAAGUCAACAAUUUCAGUUACAUAAAUGGCAUGAUACAUAACUUUUUUUUGGGGAAUUACAAUUUUACGGAGAAGCUACUUUCUUCUAAGAUUUGGAAAGUUGGUCUUUUAUUAGUUUAAUGCAAUCAAUUCGAAUAUAAUUUUAGUCCCAUAUCAUCGGUAGUUCUUUCUUUCUUUUUUUUACAAAAUAUUUGCUUUUAUACAAAAUCAUCAUUUAAUAUUUUUCAAAAUUUUGAUAUGUUUUCUUGUAUAUUUGAAUACAGUUAUAACAUUCGAAUCUCACAAACGAAGUAAUUAAUAAUGGGUAAUUAUCGUUACAAGUUUAACGAAAAAAUUUGAAUAUUUACUUCCGGUUCUUUUUUAGUCGCAAAUUCCACACGCAUAUUUUAUUUAUCUCAUCAUAUUCAUAGCAAAAAUAUUUAGUUAGACCGAUAUACAUAUCUGAUCUACUUAAACCUAAUUUCCAGUAUAUAUAAAAGCUGACUGUUAAAUAAAUAGUAUAAACAUUAUUUUAACGUAUAUUCAACGUUCCUUUUAAAACUAUGUACACAUAACAAAUUUAGGUUUCUGCUAUCACGAACCCUAUCAUCUCUGUAGAUGAAUCUUUUUUCUUUUUUGUUCUUUCACAAUAACAAAGAAGAAACAUUCGUUCUGCAUUAGUUCAUAAAAUUUGCGCUAUAAAUUAUAUAUGAGUCUAUUUCUUCUUUAGUUAAUACAAAAAAUAAUACAGUAGAAGAGGAAGUUGCGUGUUAAAGUAAAUUAAUAUUUGUUAUAUGUUCGUUUUUUUAUAGUUUUUGAUAUUUGGUAGUCACAACACAAACCGAAUACGAUUUGUAACAUGUACUAUGUUAUAUGUACAUUCAAUAGAACAAUUUACUUCUUAAAACUGGACAAAGAUACAUGCCCAUUAAUAGCUCUUUUUCUCUUUUCUUUUUCUUCUUAAAUGCAACAAUACUUCUAUAUAAUGCGUUCAAAGUAAAAUUUUGUAAUCCUCCCAUUCUUCAUACAAUCUUAUUAGCUUAUCAUAUGUAACAAGUCUUUUGUUUUAACAUCUCUCGCUACUUUCCCUUUAUCCUAGUUAACAAAUAUAGCGUAGAUCCCUUCUUUCUCUUAAUUACGCUCUCAUCUCGGUAUUUUCAUAUAUUCGACAGUAAUUGAAGCAAAAAAUCCUGCAACUAUGAUUUUUCUAGUCAAUCGAAAGAGAAGUUCGGACGUCGAACAGCGUUUACGUUACAAUAAUAUUGCAUAGAAUAUAAUAAAAUACAAUAACUAAUAAUUAACAUAUUCCUUUUUUCUCACUUCUGUGUGACUAGGAUUUCUCCAUAGUGGCAUAAAACUUUUUAUCUUGUGCUUCAUACACUCCCAUAGACAAUUUCUCUGUUUCCGCUUCAAUCCUGUGGUCUCGACACCUAUAUCACACACGUGAAAAUAUACAAUUCUUACUACAUCGUUAAUCGUAACCUUACGUCUACGUACUUUAGUAGGAUAAAUCUAAGAAGAGUCGUUUGAUGCGCUGCUUUCUUUUUUUAAUUGAACGAAUGAAUUAUAUUGUCCAACAAUGCAGGACUGAUCAUACUUCAUCAUGAAGUAAGGAAGUUCAUUUAAUUCGUUUGUAUAUUGUAAAACACCAUUCUCAUGACUUCCUCUCUUAAUACAGAGGCCGACAGAUAUUAGAACUGACAUAAUAAGUUAAUGGAUAAAAAAACGUAAAAAAAAUUAGUGUAAUAAAAUAUUAAAAAUUAUCAUCCCUUAAUCUAUCGGGAUAUUUAAAGACUCUAGAAACUCCUUUAAGAUAUUAUAAUUUACAUCAGUUCAGGGCACCUGUUUUAGCAUCGUAGGCGACUAGAUACAAGGCCGUUAUUUAAAUACCUCAAACGAGUUUCCAAGUCUAUAAACAAAACAGUAAAAAGAGAGAAGAUCGUUUCUUUAACAAAGAUUUAGUAUACUGAUAAAUUUAAAUGUAACUUAUGUAUACUUUUACAAGGCUCGAUUCCCAGUUUUGAAACGUCAGGUAUAUAUAAGUCGACCUUAACAUGCGUAAUACGAUUAAUUUUAUAAUAGAUAAAAGCUUAAAUUCUUAAAAGUCGAUCUGUACAAUAAUACAUAUAGAUACAUUAACUAUACGUUUCUUUUUUUUUUCUUUUUUUUUUGAGAUUUUAGG